GAGGAGUUCGGAUACAAUGCAGAGACGCAGAAGCUCCUGUGCAAGAACGGUGAGACCCUGCUGGGUGCUGUCAACUUCUUCGUGUCCAGCAUCAACACACUGGUCAACAAGACCAUGGAAGACACGCUCAUGACGGUCAAGCAGUACGAGACAGCCAGGCUGGAGUACGACGCGUACCGCACGGACCUGGAGGAGCUGAGCAUGGGCCCGCGUGACGCUGGCGCCGUGAGCCGCCUGGACGCUGCCCAGAGCCAAUUCCAGAGCCACAAGGACAAGUAUGAGAAGCUGCGCGCGGACGUGGCCAUCAAGCUCAAGUUCCUGGAGGAGAACAAGAUCAUUUUUUUUCUGCUGCUGUUCCACAACGCCAUCUCUGCGUACUUCGCCGGGAACCAGCAGCAGCUGGAGCAGACACUCAAGCAGUUCAACAUCAAGCUGAAGACCCCUGGCGCCGAGAAGCCCUCCUGGCUGGAGGAGCAGUGA